AUGACGUUGAGUAAAACUGUUGAGGGAUACUAUCAGGAGAGCGGCAGAGCUGGCCGUGAUGGGAAACCUGCGAAAUGUGUACUGUUGUACAGUAGUAAAGAUGCAGGGCUACUACGUUGGUUUAUAGGGAAGAAAUUCGAAGACAUUCGUAAGAGGAAGAAGGAGAAGUUGCCCGAUUAUGAAUGGAAUAUGUAUAGUCGACCACAAAUCGACGCGCAGGAGCAACGGGAACUGGCGGCAUUUGAUUUGUUUACUACUUAUGCUACUAAGGCGGCCUGUAGACGAGAAUUCUUGUUGGGUCAUUUUGGAGAAAAGCUUGUGAUUAAGAAGGGCGAAUCGAGAGAGCACUGUUGUGACUAUUGUUGUGAUCCUGACGCUGUGCAGAGGAGUACACAGAGAAUGCAUCUGCUGGACGCUCUCAUGCGUGCUGAAGAAAGGUCUACGGAGACGACGACGACCAAGACCGGCCAUAAGCGGAGCCUCCGGGAACGCUUCAAAUGA